AUAAGAGCAUUUAAGUUUAGCGUCUGACAGAUUGCAUAGUAAAUAUAAAGUGUGCAUGGACAAAUGUAACCAAUAGGCGGUACUGUGCCAUUCCUCAUGAAGCGCUCUGCAUCUCCAGCCCUGAGGACAACACUGUAUCUCUGCUUUGCUUUGCUCCCUAACUGACCUAAAUACAGCAUCUCUGCGUCCCUCAAGGCAGACACGGUCUACCACCGAGGCUCUGAACAACGAGACUGUCUCGAGUUUUUUUUUUUUCUCCUCUUCUUGAGUAAUUCCUCCUCGCUUCCUGAUUAUAGAUCCAACCAAAGAGAGAUUUGUUUUUGUCUUGAUCUCUGACAACUGAGGCUCGAUCUCUCUGUGCUCCGAUGGAUUGCGUCGGGAUGGUUUACACAGUGCAGAAGCCUCUCCUGGUUUGGAAACGAGACACAUUCCCGGGAAUGAUUUUAUAAUAUCCAGAUCUGGGAUUUUUUUUUUUUUAUUGGACAGAAAAGGUUAAAAUGCUGGACAAUAAAGCGCCGACAUCGAAGCUCGGUCCUCCAUCGAGAGGUUCGUCUUUUUACAUCGAGAAUCUGCUGGGAACCACAGACAGAGGGGCUUCAGCCGAGGAGCGGGUGGAGACCUCGGGCUUUAAAGUUACCGUCCACAGCCCGGUGAUCUGCCCGGGACUGAACACCAGACGUUUGAACGACAGCGAGGCGCUGAACUGGAGAAAGGCAUCACCAAAUACAGUGUACGGCAGCUCAGGAAGUCCACAGCUGAAGGCCAGCGACUCGGAUGAACACAGAGACCUUCAGUCGAGCAGCGACCGGGACUCCCCGACUUUAACGGGGCGGGCGGAGGAGAACGAUGGACCGGAGGAGAAGGGGGAAGAUAGUUUGACGGAUGAAAGAGAGGACGACGCGCGCUCCUCCUGCUUCUUUCGAGAGGACAGCUGUGACCCAGGUGACACGAAAGUGGCGCGAAAGAAGAAGACCCGCACCGUGUUCAGCCGCAGUCAGGUCUUCCAGCUCGAGUCCACCUUCGACCUGAAACGCUACCUGAGCAGCGCAGAGCGAGCUGGGCUGGCGGCCUCGCUGCAGCUCACAGAGACCCAGGUGAAGAUCUGGUUUCAAAACCGCAGGAACAAGUGGAAGAGGCAGAUCGCCGAGGACAUAGAGGCCAGCGGCGCCGGCGUCCCCUAUGCUGCGCAGAGGGUCGUCCGAGUUCCCGUGCUGUAUCGCGAGAACAUCGCCACGCCCAUGGCGUUGACCAGCUUGCCUCAAGUGUCGCCAUCGGUGGUUAGCUUCUCUAAUGCUAUUAACUAUCCAUUGACUGCUCACUUCACUCAUCCGCUGUCGUUUGUGACGCCACAGAUGACCGGACUGGUGUGACUGUGAGGAAGGAGGAGAAGCUAAAGCGGCCCAGCAGACUUGUGACUCUUUGGACACCAAUUAAACAAAUAAAAAGACGCUGCAGAAAUGUUCAUUUUAGCUCCAGUUCAGGUUCUGUAAAGUCACAACUUCUGCUAAUGCACUGAGGAUAACUCAUCCUGUGUUUAAAUGUUUUUCUUAAAGUUGCUUCAAGAAAAAGUCCAAAAGAAACGGACAGAUUUAGAUCAAGGUGGAUCACUCAUCGAGGGCGAAGGCCGAAUUAAAACCCUCUCCAUAUUAGCAGUGCUUUUUCUCCCCCAGUUAAUUUUUAAAAACUUGUAAUUUUAAGAUUCACUGCUAGAUUUAAUAAAUAUGGAUAUUUUUGGAGUAUUUAAGCUGCCCACAAUCCUUUUCCUCAGGCCAACAUUUCACACAAGAUCACACAGGAUUUAAAUAUAGCUCUAUUUUGUGAUGAUUUUUCACUAUUGUAUGAGUGACCCACAUACUGUACAUAUGGGGAGCAAUUAAGGGUCAAUAAUGUUUUUUUUUGUGGAAUUAUGUUCAGAGAUAAUUUCAAAAUUUGUGAGUAUACAUCAGCCUGUGUAAACCUGUGAAAAAAAACUUGUAACAUGUAAAAACGAAACUAUUUGUGGAGAAAAUGAGCAAAAUGCUAAAAUAAAAUUAGCGGACAAACGAUAUCAAUGGAGAGGUAACACAACGCAAAAAACACUUGUGAAAAUCUCAGUGAAUCAAAGCAUAAAACUGUGAAACUCGAAGUUCCCACACUGUGUGCGAUCUUUAAGUUACAUUUGAACACACAUUUACUUUUGCCUCUGCUUUUAAACCUCACUAUGCAACACAACUAGAAAUCUUCUCCGCACAUGAACAAACUUUUGUCACAGGAUUUCAGGUUCUUUGUCGACAUUAUUUCCCAAGCUCUCAAGGCUUUUUGACCCUUAUUUGAGCCCAUACACAUAAUUUAUAAUAAAUAAUGCACUGUCUCAUUGGACAGCUCUACAAUGUGUAGAAACUCAAUCACUAAUGAAAAUGUGUGUUGGUGUUUGUGACUUUUGAUAGCUGUGAGCAUGGCUACGUUAUUAGCAGUAAUCUGACUCUUUUUUUUCUUUUUUAUUUAAGAGAAUUUUAAUACAGACUUUUGUACAUCGAUAUGUUCACGUAUGAAUAAAAUCUAUG